AUGAAUGCUCAAAUGAUCUCAACUGGAGAUAAUCCAACAGUGCAGACACACAAGGGGAAUCAGGACAUUGGUUUGGAAGAUUUGGGUUUCAUUGGUCAUGAACAUACAAGUACAAACAAUAAUUUGGGUAUUGGUAGAAGAAGAUCAAGAAUUGACAUGGCUCUGGGUAAUGCAGCUUGGAAUUCAGUAUUUCCAUCUUCAAGGGUUUUUCAUUUAAGACAAAUGGGCAUGGAAAUAGCUAAGGCAUGUAGUAAGCAGGUGCAGGGUUCUGUUGCUUUCAUACUCGAUAAGAAAAUGCAGUUUACAAGAAUUGCACUUUCUAAGUGGAAUAGAAAACAUUUUGGUAACAUCAACCUUCAAGUGGAUACUCUUCAACAACAACUCACAAAUAUUCAAGCUCAACCACAUUCUCCAGAAAAUACUUCUAAAGCUCUUGAAAUCAUUGCAGAACUUCAAAGGUGGCAUCAUAUUCAAUGUGAAUUCAAUAAACAGAAGUCUAUAGAUAAUUUUCUUAAAUACAUGGAUAAUAACACAAAAUAUUCCCAUACUCUUACCAAGAGGAAGAGAGUUAGAAACAAUAUUGAUUCUCUCAAGGACAAGAAUGGUACUUGGCUUCAUUCUAGAGAUCAACUGGCUAAACUUCUUACAGAAAAUUUUCAAGAGAUAAGAAUUUCUACAAAUCCAAUUAUUGAAGAAAGGUUUUACAACCAUAUUCCAACCAUUAUUACUGAAGAAGACAACAUAUUACUCACUGCAAUUCCAUCUAAUGAAUAA